GAACCUUUCUAUCAAAACAUCUUGUUUUGAAUCAAAAUCUCUCUCUCUUUUUCUCUUCAGGAAGACGAUGGAUUUCCACAGCCUCGCCAGGAAGGAGCUUCAGAUUCUCUGCAAGAAGAACAAGAUCCCCGCUAAUCUCACCAACGUCGCCAUGGCCGAUUCUCUCGCUUCUCUUCAGCAUGUUGAAGGGCUCGAUGAAUUCUUGAAUGAGUCCAAAUCUGAAUCCCAGCAAUUUCCUGAGGGAGCUUUGAUCGGAUCGCCGGAUGCUCCUCGAACAUCUUGCAGAACCUCAACUAGAAGGAAACCGAUCAGCGACGAACCUGAAAGCUCGCAAAUCCUCACUCGCACAUGUCGUGGAACAAGGCGAGGAGUUGUUGAAGAAAUGGACCAAGAAAGGACUGAGGUUGUUCCCAAAACUCCUGCAGCAAGGAGCAGUAGAAGGGGGAGGCCUGCUUCUGCCCGGCAAAAGACAGAGUCCCAGAAGGAUGAGAGCUCGGUGCAGAGAGCAUGUAGCACUAGGCGCUCAGUCAGGUUGUUGGAGAAGACCAUGGAGAAAUUAAGUCUCGUAAAGGAUAAAAAGAUCCAACCUAUGAAGAUUGAUGACAUUGAUUCAAGUGUCACUAUGUCUGGUACUAAUGGAUCAUCAUCAGAAGUAUGUUCCGGAAAAGAAAAGACAGUAGAUUUGGAAGUUUCCUCUGUAUUGAAAUCAGAAGGAUCGCCCGAGAUCCAAAUCGAUCUGAAUAAUAAUAAUGUUCAAGAGAAGAGAGAAGAUCAUGUCUCUGAACUUGAGGAGUCAAAGUCGAAAUCAGAGUUAAUGGAUUUGGUUGAAAAGUCGGUUGAGAAUAUGGAUGUUAUUGAGGAAACUUUUGGUGACAAAGAAAUAAACAGUGUCCAACUCGCCAAUUUCCCUUAUGAGACUCAGAAUUCACAUAGUGAAGACUCUAAGGCUGAGCAGGAUUUGGGAAGUGAAGAUCCUUUAGCUGCUGAAGUUUUGGAUGAUGUGUCUGUUAACAUCAUUGCUCAAGACAUUGCCCCUAAGUCUUCACUUAGACUAGAAGAGAAUGAAUUCUCGAAUGUGAAAGAAUCUGUGGAACCAAUUCCUUUCAAUACGAGUUCCUCUUGUGUUCAAGCUGAUAAAUCUGAGACUUUAUCAAGUGAAGCAUCUGCGGUGCCCGAAACCAAAAGUUGGACGAUUAAGUCCCCUGAUGGUCAAAGUCAUAUACUUACUAGCAUUGGCCCUGACAUGCGUCUGACGGAGGAUGAUUAUCAGGGAAAAUUUGAUUUUGAAUCAGAAUCCAUCACAGAAGAAGAGCAUGAUGAUGACAGCUGUGAAUUUGAAGAUGCAGAGGCUUCAGAUCAAAACUCGUCUGAACAUCUGGAGCACAUCAGUGACGAGAAGGUUGAAACAGAAGAGAAAGAGGCUUCUUUGGUUGACGUCAAUGUUGUUGAAGCAGAAGUUGCCAUUGCAGAAAGUAGUUACCAGAGAAAGUGCGAUUUUGAAUCAGAAUCUGUCACCGAAGAAGAGACGGAAGAAGAGACUGGUGAUGACAGCUCUGAGGAGGAAUCCGUGGAAAGUGAAGCUUGGGACAUAGAAUCUACGGAUACUGAGAUUGGCAGUGAUGACAAUGUUGUUGAAGCAGAAGUUGCCAUUGCAGAGAGUAGUUACCAGAGAAAGUGCGAUUUUGAAUCAGAAUCUGUCACCGAAGAAGAGAUGGAAGAAGAGACUGGUGAUGACAGCUCUGAGGAGGAAUCCGUGGAAAGUGAAGCUUCGGACAUAGAAUCUACGGAUACUGAGAUUGGCAGUGAUGACAAUGCUGAAUCGGAAGAAACGAAUUUAGAGGCUUCCUUGGUUGAUAUUGUUGUUGCUGAAGCAGAGAUGGACAUUAAAACACAGUCUCAGUUUAUAUGUGAUGCGGAUGAUGCAAGCAUGAAAAACUUUACCUGUUCUGGAGCUCUGGUAGAUGUUUGUGUUGUCUCGGCUGAAGAAUUCACCACAAUUACAAGUGAACACCUUCCAGCUUCUUUGAAAGAAACCAGUCCUGCUCAGCAUUUGAUCUCUGGCGGCAGUAAAGUCACCACCAAAAGUCCAUUGCCAUCCUUUUCUGCUGACCAACCUUCAGGUCAGUUUCCUCGGCCAACUUUGCCGACGCCAAGCAAAUCUUCGAGCAAGAGCCAUCCAAUAAUUCAGAUGAUUACUGAUGCUUUGGAUGAAAACGAAGGAAACGCGGUGGCGCAAGAUGAGGUCAAGAAAAAUAAGAAUCCUACUGAUGACAUUUGUAGCAUGCCAAAGCUAUAUGAGGGUACUAGUCUGAGGAAGCUGCAGAAAAUGCUCAAAGAAAAUUUGCAAAUUGAAAAUGAAAAGAAGGUAGGGAAGCCAAGAGUCGCCUUGCAGACGCUGCCCGAGAACCGUAUGGCUGCAGAUGAACCUCAAAAGGAGAACUAAAUGCCUCUAAAGGGGGUAGACCUUGGUUGGCUUGGGGGUCAGUUUUGGGAUGGUUAAAAAUCUUGGUCAAUUUUGGGAAGACCUUGGUUGGCUUGGGGGUGUCAAUUUUGGGAUGGUCAAAACCUUGGUUUGCCUCAUUACAUGGGUGUCAAUUUUUAUCGAUGUUAAUGAAUGUCAGACAAUAAUGUUUCGGAUCCUUCUAUCAAGUCAUACUUUGGAUCCUUAUACUUAUCAUGGAUGUCAGACAAUAACAUUGUGUCAGGUUUGGAUCACAAAUUAUUUCAAUUUUUGAUCAUUAGAUGAUAUUUAUUAUAUAUCCAACCACAUUCUUGGUAAUGUGACA